AUUAAAAUUUAUUUAUUACAUUUUCCUCUAAUUUAUUUUUGCUCCCAAAAUUCCAAUGGCAGUUUCACUCUCAAAUCUCCCAUUCUUCACCCCCUCCAAAACCACAUCUCCAAACUCAAUUUUCUCCACCACACCAAAACUCGGAGCACCACCCACCAAACAAUCCCCAAAUUUUACAAUAUUUGCAUCCAGGCCCCGCAACUUCGCCACAAUCCCAAAAGCCACCCAAGAAGAAGAAAAUGAAAACACCACCACCACCGCCGGCGAGAACGCCGCCGGCCCACCUGAGGAAAUCCAGCCGGAGAAAUCACAGACGGAAUUGGGAAACGAAAUCAAGGCGGCGAUGAAGGAGAGGCAGCAGCAGAAGGAAGAUGCGGGUUUCUUGAGCGGGGUCGCGGAGGAAAUAAAGGAAAUUGAGUGGCCUGCUUUUAAUAAAGUUUUGGGGAUUACUGGGGUUGUAUUGGGUGUGAUCGCAGGUUCGAGUGUCGUUUUGCUCACUGUCAAUGCCGUUUUGGCCGAGAUUUCGGACCGGGUUUUUGUUGGGAAAGGUGUUCAGGAUUUCUUUGGUUGAGGAUGAAGAAGAUAAGGAACUUCGGAUCUGGUGUGGUAGGGUGCACUGUUGCUCCGUGCUCCUGCAUUUGAUAAAUGAGGAAUAUUAUUAUAUUAUAUAUGAAAGUUUUUAUUUUAAUUUAUGCCCUCUUAUUCUUAUUA